AUGAUUGAGGCGGCACCAUUGGAGAGUCACAUCACGCUGCGUGUUCUCGCAGCCCCAACGAGGUUCGCACGCACCCAACUCUCUCGGCACUUAAAAGAGCGCAGCAUCCUCAAGCGUGGAACCGUUCGUACCGAAACCGCUGCUGACGCCUGA